AUUGAUUGAUUUUGGGAAGAUGGAUUUGCCACCCAAACAGUUUCAAGACAUUGGUUGUUCUAAUAAAGCUCUGUUUUUAAUAGGGUGCACAGCAGCUGUUGUUAACGGUUGGACUGCAACCGCCAACCACCGCAGACCCCUCCUUUCUUUCUGAACAAAACAACUAACGGAAAAUAAUAACGGAACCUCCCUAACGGUUACAUUUCACCUUUCUCUCUCUUUCUUUCUUUCUUUCUCUGCUUUUGGCAAGCACAAGAAAACAGAGACUCAAAAAAGCUAUAGUCACACACCUCCCUCUUCAAAAAAAACAUGAACCAAAUUGGACCCCAUAUCUCUUCCUUUAAUCUUGGACCAUUUUGGCACCAGACAUCCUGCACAUAUCUCGCAGGAAACUUACGACAAACGCUCGCAACCCAUUGCCCAAAAAAGGAGCAAGGAAAAUCUCUGUUUUCCCCCCUUGGUUUUUUCUUUUCUUUUGAGUUAACGCAUCGUCAAAUUUGGUGUAAUGUGAUAGUAAUAAACCAAAAGGAGAUCCAGUCCCCCAAUCUGGGUUGGAUCCUAGAUUCGGGUUAAUGGGUUGCGCUAGCUCCAAAAGGACGUUGUCGGUGGACGAUGCCUCCCCUGUUUUAGACGAUUCUUAUUCACCACCUCGAUUGGCAGUUAAUGGCCACUGCUCCGUGGGCUCUUCAAAAUGCUCAUCUGGGUAUUUAAAUUUUGAGCAGAAACACAAAAAGGAUAAAAACGAUGGAAGUAGACCCAAAAAGAGUAAUAUUGAUAUUGAUAACAAUAAUGACGAGGAGGUUAAGGAGGAUCGAGAUACCAAUCUGCAAGGCAAAAAGAUCAAGAGAAGGAGCUCUACCAGAAAGAGUGGACCCAUUAAUCUCAAAUUGGGAUUCUCCCAGAGACACGUUGGGGCUGAGCAGAUCGCUGCUGGGUGGCCCAGCUGGCUCAGUUCUGCAGCCGCUGAAGCCAUUAAUGGUUGGGUGCCUCUACGAGCUGAUGCUUUUGAGAAAUUAGAGAAGAUCGGACAAGGCACAUAUAGCAGCGUGUUCCGAGCACGUGAGGUCGAGACUGGAAGGAUGGUUGCACUAAAGAAGGUUCGCUUUGACAAUUUUCAUCCAGAAAGCAUUAGGUUUAUGGCACGCGAAAUACUAAUUCUUCGCAGGCUGGACCAUCCAAACAUUAUAAAGUUUGAGGGAAUAAUUACUUCUCGAUUGUCAAGCAGCAUAUACCUUGUAUUUGAAUACAUGGAGCAUGAUCUUGCUGGACUAUCAUCUUCUCCAGACAUCAAGUUCACUGAAUCACAGGUCAAGUGCUACAUGAAACAACUUUUACAAGGGAUUGAGCACUGCCAUUCACGAGGUGUAAUGCAUCGUGAUAUUAAGGUGUCCAACAUUUUGGUCAACAAUGAAGGAAUUCUAAAAUUAGGAGAUUUUGGAUUGGCAAAUGUCCUUGAUACAAAGAACAAGAAUCAGCUAACCAGUCGAGUGGUGACUUUAUGGUACCGCCCUCCUGAACUCUUGAUGGGCUCCACAAGUUAUGGAGUGUCAGUUGACCUUUGGAGUGUUGGCUGUGUAUUUGCCGAACUUCUCUUAGGAAGGCCUCUCCUUAAAGGGAGAACUGAGGUUGAACAAUUACACAAAAUCUUCAAGCUUUGUGGUUCGCCUUCUGAUGAGUACUGGAAACAGUCUAAGCUUCCUAAUGCUACAAUGUUCAGACCCCAACAUGUUUAUGAAAGUUCGCUUCGAGAGAGGUGUAAAGAUUUUCAAAAAACUGCUGUGGACUUGAUAGAAACUCUUCUUUCCGUAGAACCAGAAAAGCGUGGGACGGCCUCCACUGCCCUUAUGUCUCAGUACUUCAACUCAACUCCAUUAGCAUGUGACCCGUCAAGCUUGCCAAAGUAUACACCUAACAAAGAAAUGGAUGCUAAACAUCGGGAAGAAGUACGGAGAAGAAUAGCUGGUAGCAGAACAAGGGAUAGAGAUACAGGAGCACAAAGAAAACCAAGAAAAGCUCAUAGAAAAUUGCAAGAACGCAACAGUAGCAAUAGAUUUGCACCAAAAGAGGAAGUGAAAGAGAAUACCGAAUUAGUUCGUAAGAUCAACGACAGUUAUUCUCAAAAGAAAAAGGGAGGAGAAAUUAUGAACAAAAAACUAAAUUCUUCAUUUGACACAAGCUCAGUUUCUGGGCCACUCAUAGCAUCAAGUGGCUUUGCAUGGACAAAAAGGCAGAAAGAUGAUGUUACAUCAACAUUAUCUUUUACUCAGUAUAUCUCAACGAGUCAAAUUAGUGCAUUAGAUUCAUCAUUCAAAUUUGCAAAAAGUAGUUCCUUCAACUUGGUAAAAGAAGGAGAUGAAGGCCAUGAUUCUCAGGAGAUUACAGCCAAGCAUGUGAAGCAGACACAGCAACACCGUUUUGAUUCAUCAGAUACUUUUGAUACAUCCAAAUUAUACCAGUUUUAUGAUUCAAAGGAAACUGAUGAAGCAGAUGCUCUAAAGAGUAAUCCAGACUUCAAACCAAGAGAGAAGGUUGAAUUUUCUGGACCAUUGUUUUCCAAAUCAAAUAAAAUUGAUGAGCUCUUGCAAAGGAAUGAAAGUCAGAUACGCAAAGCAGCUCGCAGAUCAAGGUUGGAUAGAGAAAUUUGAAGCAUGGAUAUUCUGGUAUGAAAAUCUUGGUGAUUCCUGAAUCCUUGGAGAAGAGAGAGCUAAGAGCUCCAACCAACUGCUUGUUGCUGGAAUAUUGGAGUUAUGUGUUCAUAACCAUUGUAUUGAUUAGGAACAUAAAUUCUUAAAUUUUUGUACUGUACAAUGGGACUGAUCACAUAGGAUGAGAUCAACAUCAGGUGUAUGGAAACAGUGGUACCAAUUUCCAAAAUCCAAAAGGGGCCAAAAAAAAAAAAAAGAAAGAAGAAAAAAGAAAAUUGACUUCUCUUUUUGUGCACACUCUACCACUGAGGCAUGAAGGCGGCAAAUAAUCAAUUGUAAUCCAACCAGUGAUCUAAUUUUUGGAUCAAAAGUAUUCUUUGAUUUUUUUUUUAAUUAUAAUAAUUAAUUCUAACUCU